UCCAAAAAAAACGAAGUCCCGAGCCUUACUCUGUUUCUCUCCCUCUCCUCUCGGAACCCUAGAUCGAGAACCUGGCCAUGGCGGGCGAUGACCCUGGCGACCCUGGCGGUGCGGGCGAGGACCGUGGCGGCCGCGCCCUGGCCACGGGCGCGCACGGCGCGGGCUUGGGGGCGCCACCCCUGGCCGCCAUCCUGGCCGCGAGAGCCGACUGCGCGGGGGCACGGGCACGGGCACGGGCCACCGGCCUGGCCGCGGGAGAGGAGGCGUCGGCGUCGGGGCCGCAGCCCAUGGCCGCCGCGGAUGUGAGAGGACCACCAAAGAAGAGAAAAGGUACAAGAACAACUAAUCAAGGUUCCAUUGUGCCAUGGGAGGAUGAAGCUCCAGCGGCUUCUAUGUCGUUUCCACCACCAAGUCAAACCUUGGAGAGUACUACUAGUACCAAGAGAAAAAAUGUUGUCUCCUGUUCUGAAGCAUCCAAAACCCAAAGCUUGGGCAUUUCAAGUAAAAAGAUGGGAAAUCAUGGGAACUCUACCUCUGCAGCGUAAAAAAGGUCAAGGAGUGGCUCAAAUCAGCUUAUGACUAAUCAAACAGUUGAAGGUGAUAAGAAGAGGAAGGCCAAACCAAAGAAGAAGGUUGUCGCAAAAAAGGUCAAAAAAACUAGGCAGCCACAGUUUGAUAGCUCUGCAAUGGCCACAAGGAGCAAAAUGGUUGAUCCUGUCAGUCCUGCAAUGAGCACAAGGAGUAAACAAAGAUUGAGUCUGUGAUUGUGAUAUGUAAUAAUGUCAUAUGAGUGGUUCUGGUUAUGUGUUGAUGUGAACUUCUCAACUUGUAAUGUGAAUUUGUUGUGGUUACAACUUGGACGGCUGUGUGUGGAUGUGAACUUGAAUCUUCUCUAAAAUUUACUUUGGUAAAUUGUCAGGUUGCAUUGCAAUCCUAAGUGCAUGGAUA